CAAGCAGCUCUGUCAACAGGUGCCCCCAGCCAGCGGUAUAAAGAGGGCUCCUCGAGGGGCAGCGUUUUCAUUUCAGCACCAUGGAGAGCUACCGACUGCUCGCUUUGCUGGGAGCCGCGGUGCUGCUGCUGGUGGGCGUCAAAGGGCAGGAGGAGACGGAGCUCCAGCCGCGAGGCUUGGACAUCUACUCCACGAUGGAGGACACGUCUCACGAGAAGGAGCUGAUCGAGGCGCUGCAGGAAGUUCUGGAGAAGCUGAAAAGCAAGCGGCUCCCGCAUUACGAGAAGAAGUAUGGCCAAGUCCCCAUGUGCGAUGCUGGAGAGCAGUGUGCCGUGCGGAAAGGAUCCAGGAUCGGAAAGCUCUGUGACUGCCCCAGAGGAACAUCUUGUAACACUUUUCUCUUGAAGUGCUUGUAAAGAAAUGCCCCUCCCUCGACCAUUGGAGAACAGAGAAAGAUCCAGUUUUGCCUUGCCUGAAGGAUCAUACCUGUGACACCGAGGCGGGUGGGGUGGGGUGGAGAAUAGUAUCCAUCACACACACGGGGAAAAGGAAACAGUUAUAUUUAACUGUUGCCAGUGCAUUACCUUUUAGGAUGUCUGACAUUUUUCUGUCCUGCCAUUUCUUCUCCAUCUGGCCGUUUGAUUUUCUUCCCUGUGUCCACCUUCGUUCUUUCCAUGCAUUUGUAUCUCUGUGCAAAGAAGCUCAAAUGAUAUUUUGAAAUUAGUAUUUUUGUAUGUGGAAUGUCCUCAUGAAAACUAGAUCUAGGGAGCAUCCGUUAACCUGUCUACCUUCUUUGCAGCCAGUGGCCCGAGUGACAGGACAUGUGGGAGGUUGCAACACAUAAACAAUAAAUAGGACAGUGCCUGUUAAUACCUUUUUCAUUAAAGCGCACCAAGGAAAAUGUGUAUAUGAACAGUAAGUAAAGAAAGGCAUCAUUCCAAAGCACCCUGUGGGACAGUCCUUUUGUCUCUGUUUGGUAAUACCUUCACCCCAGUGUCUGCACCUUUUUGGUGGGCAGCCAAAUUGUUGAAUAAAAAGUAAUGGAAGCUACUUGUAUACUGCAUGCUAGGAUUCUAGGUGCAAUUAGAAACUAGGAAUGAUUUUUCUUGACCAAGUGUGUAAUGGAUCAGCCUGUAGUGCUGCUAUUUCAAAGGGCAAGUGUAUGUAAUAGUAGCCACAUUGCAAACAUGUCACUAUGGUGACUUCAUGGUAGACAACUUCAGCGAGUGAAUCUGUACUGAUGACCCACCCAUGUUAUUUCAUGUUUGCUUCUUGGUUACUAAAUUCACGUGGUAUGAAAACAGUCCUACAUUGAAAACUGUGUACGGUUGAUCUGGAGCAGGCUUCAAAAUCUGAAAUAAUUGGAAGAAAUGCUUAAUAUGUAGCCAAAUUAGGUUUUGAAGGAGCCACAAAGGAAAAGAAAGGAAUAUUGCUCAAAUCUUCCUCUGUAUAAACUCCAGUGGUUGGAUCUUCCUUUCUCAUCAGUGAAAAAGCACACAGGUUCAAGGAGAACAAGGGUCUUCUUCAAAUUGACCAAAAUGUCUAGGCUUUUACCAACAGUUUUACUUGUAAGAAAGCAUUGUUAAUGGAUGUGUCCCCUUGGGAUUGUUUUGGAGACCCAGCACAUGAAUUUGGUGCAGUUACUGCAAACAGCAUGACCAUUGUGCACAUCUCUGACCAUUGUGCUGACCAAGUCUUGGCAAGAGAUUGAAAAAAAUAGGUCAAGGCAUCAUAAACUCCAAGUAGCUCACAUUAAAGAUGUAGGAGUUACUGAAUCAAUGUGGGUACCACAGGACUAAAAAUAACAACAAUGUUGUACAAAUUUCUAUUAAAUAUGGAACACCUUCCAUUUUUAGGCACCAUUUCUCACACAUCUUAUUUUGUGUGGAAUGGAUGGUUGCUGUUGCAGAAUAGAUCAGGGUCCAGAACUGUGAGACUGAGUGUUCAGUGGAAGAGUUCUAAUGUUUUAGAAGCACAUGAAACAGAAUACUUAUGUACUUCUGUAACAAUGUACAGCUCACAUAUUUAGAUGUUUUUCAGUAAUGUCCCAUUGUGUUCAAAUCCUUUAUUUGAUUGUUAAUAAAAAUCAUUGUUACAAAGUC